GGGGCGGGACCGCCGCAGGCUUGCAGCCGGCUACUGUUUGCCUAAAUCUCCCGGCGCGCCCCCGCGAGCCCCCCUCCCACCCAGCGCGCGACCCCGCCGCUUCGAAUGUUGUGAAUCAAAUGUGGGGUUUGUUACAUUCCGCUGCCGCCGCGGCCAGUUCUUAAAGGGCCAGCCGCCGGCAGCCGCGCAAACCAACUGCGUCCUGCGCGUCCCUCGGCUCCCCUAGGGCCUGGGCCAAGAAAGACUGACCGCGCGUGGGCCUCGCGAGGCGGACAACAAAGAGAGAGGGCCCCGGAAGGAGCCGGGCUGCCCCCGGACUAGGGGGUGGGGAGGGGAGCACAUUGUUCCGCAGGGCGGGGACUCUUAAAGGGUCCAGGCAGUCCCCCCCCGCCCCCCUGCCCGGCCUAGCCUUUCUAGAUCGCGAACAAAGGAGUCACCGUGUGGCCGGGCGGCCGAAGGGUUGUGAGCCCUGGCCUAGCCCCUCCAACCCACUGUUCCCCUGAUGCGACCAUGGGCUCUGGCAGUGACUAGGUGGCCACCCUCUAUCCCUGUGGGUCAGCGGCGAUUCUCUGCAGGACCUAGCAGCACUCCAGGCCAGCUCUGGGGAAGCCCCAGCCACGAGGGCCCCCUGGCCAGCCCACCUGCCCAGGAUGAGCACUUACCCUCCCAGCAGCCGCUGCUCCGACCACCACACCUCCCCUUAGAGGAGCACCGAGCCUCGGCUCCUGCCGGCGGGAGCCCCCGAAUGCUGCACCCAGCCACCCAGCAGAGCCCGUUCAUGGUUGAUCUCCACGAACAGGUGCACCAGGGACCUGUCCCUCUGUCCUACACAGUCACCACAGUGACCACCCAAGGCUUCCCCUUGCCUACAAGCCAACACAUCCCUGGCUGCAGUGCCCAGCAGCUCCCAGCAUGCUCCGUGAUGUUCAGUGGGCAGCACUACCCCCUCUGCUGCCUCCCACCCCCGCUGAUCCAGGCGUGCACCAUGCAACAGCUCCCUGUGCCCUACCAGACCUACCCCCACCUCAUCUCCAGUGACCACUACAUCCUGCACCCGCCACCGCCAGCCCCUCCACCCCAGCCCGCCCACAUGGCGCCUCUUGGGCAGUUUGUAUCACUGCAGACCCAGCACCCCCGUAUGCCCUUGCAGCGGCUCGAUAAUGAUGUGGACCUGCGGGGGGAACAGCACCCCUUGGGUGGCUUCACUUAUUCCACCUCUGCCCCAGGCCCAGCCUUAUCCCCCUCGGUACCCCUACACUACCUGCCCCAUGAUCCACUGCACCAGGAGCUGUCUUUUGGGAUGUCAUAUUCCCACAUGGUGCCACGAAGACUGAGCACCCAGAGAUACCGCCUGCAACAGCCACUGCCCCCACCGCCACCGCCACCGCCACCACCACCACCACCUUAUUACCCAAGCUUCCUGCCCUACUUCCUCUCGAUGCUGCCAAUGUCACCAACAGCAAUGGGGCCCACCAUCAGCCUGGAUCUGGAUGUGGAUGAUGUGGAAAUGGAGAACUAUGAGGCCCUUCUGAACCUGGCCGAGCGGCUGGGAGAUGCCAAGCCCAGAGGCCUCACCAAAGCAGACAUAGAGCAGCUCCCAUCUUACCGCUUUAACCCAGACAGCCAUCAGUCAGAGCAGACACUGUGUGUGGUCUGCUUCAGUGACUUUGAGGCGCGGCAGCUACUCCGAGUCCUCCCCUGCAACCAUGAGUUCCACACCAAGUGUGUCGACAAGUGGUUGAAGGCUAACCGGACAUGUCCCAUUUGCCGAGCUGAUGCCUCCGAGGUGCCCAGGGAGGCUGAGUGAAGCCCCACAGCUGCCCACGAGAACCCUGCCCGAAGCUCUGGAAACUCGGGGGGACCCAGGGAGGACGGGGAGGGAAUGGCCCAGGCCUGCCCCUUCGUUCCCACCUGCAUCUCCAGAGCUGGUGCCAGGGUCCUCCCUGUGAGAAGCCCCUGCAAUAAGCCCCUGCAUUUGCCAAGCUCCAAAGACUACUUCCCCGAUCUGCCUGCCUAUCUGCCCGCCAAGGAGCUGCCUGGGUAUCCCCAGCUCAGUCUCCCUUCUGUUCACCCUUGGGUCCUUCUUUUUCCUGCUGGCACUGAGAGCCAGGGGUCUGCUCCCCUCUUACGGUUGGUAGAGAUCCUUGGCCCCAGGAUGGGCAACGSGCUCGCCGUCCUGGGUCAUCUUGUCUCUUGCGCUGAGUGGUGUGCUCUCUGCCCAGGGGCACUGCCAGGAAUGUGGACAGACGGUGGUGUGAGACUAUUUCCUAGGACCUGGAACUGAGUCCCCCUGCUUGACUAGGGCAGCCAGCUCUGCACAGGUUGCUCUGCAGGGUGUAUCUGUGUGUCUCAAGGACCCUCGCCACAGGCACAGUGAUAUUCCAGCCCCGUCUCCAGGCUGGAGGACAGCCCAGACAGCCCUCCUGAGCAAAUGGGAGACAGGCCCAAGCUGGGACACAUAUAUCCUGAGGGGACCUGGGCCACACUGGGCAGGAUCCCUGUGCUCCUGGUGGCUGCCCCUCCACCAGCGACGGGGUUAGAUCCAUGCCCAAUCUUCUCCCCUGUUGUUUUGCAUGAAUGUGAGGAGCAGCAGUUUUUGUUUAU